UGUAUUUCAAUGAAUGUGGGUGUUAUUUCAGGAAGGUAAACAAAUCCUACAGAGGUCGCUCCUGUCCCAUAAUGGUACAUUGCAGUGAUGGGAUCGGCCGUACAGGAACAUACUGUCUUAUUGAUAUGGUACUGAACAGAAUGGCCAAAGGAGCUAAGGAAAUUGACAUUGCAGCUACGUUGGAGCACAUCCGGGAUCAGCGAGGGGGAACUGUGAAGACCAAAGCUCAGUUUGAAUUCGUCUUGAUGGCCAUUGCCGAGGAAGUACACGCCAUUUUGAAGGCAUUAUCUCAAUAACACUGAAAUUUGUUGACCGAAACCCUCCCGGAGAAAUACGGAUCAACGUUCCAACAGUCCAGUGAAGUGGUGUCUGUUUCUAGUAGUUUUGUUAUAUGUAUAGUAGUUUCAUACAGUAAACAUCCCAGUGAACCAUAGAAGACCCUAGACAGUCGUUAAGUUAAUCAUAAUUAAAAAAACAACAAGAUUAUUAAUUUAAGCAUUAAAUAUAUAUAUAUAAAUUAUAUAAAUGUUUGUCUUUUUGUGAUGUCCCUGAAACAGAAUUUGCGCUUUGUCUUUCCCUAGUGGAACUUGUUGCUGGUAUAUUUCGCAGUGUUUAAAAGAAAAUAAGAAGGAGGGGGUAGUUGUAGCCAGUUCUGGGGGUACUGUUUAUUUGAGAAUUUAUUUUAUCAGAAUGUUUUUGGAAUAGUAAGAGUUAGGUAAUAAUGAUUAUGUUUAAAUUGGCUGCUAAGGAGGAAAGAGCUUAUUUUAAACUCAAAAGUUUAGGAAAGAUUACGUAUAAUGGAGAAGUGAACUAGAUAAGGGGGGGAGAAAGAUUGAAGUUUACAUGAGAUGGGUAAAAUAUUAACCGUUAAAAACGUGGUACAUCAAUAUAGAGAAUUAACAGUUGUAGUUUGUGUAGGAAUUCAAAGUUGGUUUUGGUUCCGAUGCGCCAUCUCUCAGGGAAAAACUAAAACUCAGUCUCGUAAAUCAUACAAUAUGUAGUAGCCAUGAUAUUCUGGAAAGUUUGUUUUAAAAUACACCGGUUUAAAGUAGAAAUAACACAAUUUAUUAAUAGAAACGUCUGAUGAAAACAAAUGAAGAGUCCACUAUUCAGUGUUUGAUGUUUCUGACGAUUCGUUGUGCUUAACACUAAAUACUGUGUGUUGAUUGGUGUGCUGAAUUCUACGAUGCUGAUGUAAACCGUUGAUCUUCAGAAAUCCCAACAAUCAAACAACGUUUAUUUAUAUUCUGACUGAUCGAUCAUCAAAUUCAACAAUUAUUAAGGUUAUCUACUUACGUAUGUAGCAUAUUUAGAAAUAUCCAUGGGUUAUGUGACUGUGUUGACUUAAUGGGUUAAUGUAGUGGAUUGUCCAAGUAACGUG